GCCUCUAUUCACGUAUGCGUAGGUGCGUGUGUACAUGUGCGUGUGUGUCACAGGCAGAUAAAGAGUGAGUUAAUGAGAUAGGAAAAGGAAAAAAUUAGACUGUGUGCCUGUCACAUGGAAGGAGGCGGUGCUGAAGAUGGCUAAAGACACCAAUGGAUGGGAAUUCGAUAAAUUUGACGACGGAUCUCUCAAGAUUGUUGGUGAAGUCCAACUGAGAAAAUAUGGUAAAUUUCUGGAAGAAUAUUCCACCCAGCUGAAGGAUAUUGAAGAUGCUCUUGAUGAUUGCAUUGGAGAUUCUUGGGAUGCUACUCUUGACCCAAUCAGUCUACAGUUCCUGCCAUAUGAACAGCUGAGUCUUCUUAACCUGAUCAAUACCAACAAUAAGAUUCUGAACAAGAUCAUCAAAGUGCAAGCCAGCCUCUGUGCUGAAAUCCAGAGCUUAGAACAUGAAGCCAAAACGAAAUUCUUUAAUGCUUUGUUAUUCUAUGGAGAAGGUGAUGUUGACAGCACCCAUCCUGAAUGUGAAUCUCAGAUACAGAUGGGUAGAAUGAUGCCGUUGCUACAGGAGUUGUCGUGUUUUGUGAUGCGGGUCUACGAAGUGGUAAAGAAUACAAUCCACCAACUCACCUGUCUCUACAAUCCACCAAAAUCUGGGAUCAAACUGAUUGAUGUAACUGGAGUACAUUUUCAAAUUGUAUUUGAACACCUUGGGGAUCUCCUCACUGUGCUCAUCACUCUUGAUAAAAUUAUUGAGAACCAGGCUCUUCUCAAAGAACAUUGGACUCUGUACAAACGGAUGUUAAAGAGUGUAAGACACAACACAUCCAAGUUCAAUAUCCCUGUUGAAAAACUUCGUCCAUUCGAGAAAUUGAUGCUGACCCAAGAGGGACAGUUAUUUGAUGGUUACAUAUUCUUGAAUUGUGUGGAACAAAUUUUUGAUGAUCCUAAUAUUGUAUUAGUCUCAAAAAGUACAACCUUUGCAGAGGAAUUUAUAUUCAAUAUCCGUGAAAUUCUUACCCAACUAGAAUCAAAGAUCGGUGAUGUAAAGGAGAUGGACCAGCGACAUAAAUAUGUUGGAUUAUGUGGGCUUUACGUUCUCUACACUCAGAUAUUUCGUGUGGUUGACAAGAAACUUUUUAAAGCAGUUUGGGACGUUUACAAAAAGGUACCUGCUGUACACCUUGUUGGCAAUGUAGUGUGGAUCCCCAGUGACUUCCUGUUAAACAAUAUCCCAGACACUGCACAGGCUAUUGACAAGAAAGCUCUAUUAGUGGUACGAGGUCAUUGCUCCACUUGGCUGCAACAAAAGAACCAGAUCCUCACCAGGAAGAGAGAUAUCCAGAGUUAUUUCUCACAGAUUGGUAUAUGGAUGGUAAACAUGGAAUCUAACCUGUCUCGAGGUUCUUCAGUCAUGCAAGAACUCAACAACAGGUGUAAUCUGUUUAUUCAGGGUAUCCUUUAUGCAUACAACAUCAGUCACAUGGUACGUACUGUCAUGAAUCUACACUUGCUACUGCAGAAAGCUAUGACCAAAACUGCAGUGAUUGCCCUCUGUAAACUGCUGGAGCUACUCAAAGCCAUAGAAUUCACAUUCCACCGUCGGACAAUGUUGGUUUCAGAAUCAAUCAACCAGAUAAUCCAACAUCUCAGUUACCUGGCUCUGUCUGCUAUAAACACAGCACGAAAAAGAAUCACCCAAGACAAGAAAUACAGUGAACGAAGACUCGAUGUGCUGUCAGCUUUGGUUCUAGCUGAAAAUGCCCUUAAUGGACCGGGCACCAAAGAACGCAUCCUGGUAGCCACCCUGGCAUUAUCUGUGGGUACCAAGAUGAGAGCAUUUAGAGACGAUGAAAUCACAAGCCUCACUGAACUUCUGAAGAAAUUGGAGAUUAUUACCAAACUUUGGGAGAGUCUCAGAUGUGCCACUGACUGCAGCUUCAUGUACUGGCAUCGUCAUAUCUUCCCUAUAUACCUCUCCGACAUGUUGGACAAUCCAUCUGAUGCCCACGGACUACAUUACAUGUUCGGUGCUCUAAGGGACUGUGUCAUGCCUAUGGAUUACGUACGCCACCUUGAGACCUCUCAACACCUGAAGGACAUCUUUGCUAAAGAGAUCCGGAUUAAUUUGAAAGAGCAUCUGAUGGAACCACUGUGCCUUGCCAUAGAAACUGACCUGAGAUUACACAUUCACUCUCACCUUCAGUUAGAUGACCGUAACCCAUACAAAGUUGGCCUUAAGGACCUCUCCAACUUCUUACGACUCAGACCAAUACGAUUCUUUGAUCAGUUCAUCAAUAUUAAAACCUAUGUGGAACAUUACUUGGACAAGACUUUCUACAAUCUAACCACUGUCACACUCCAUGACUGGAAAACUUACAGCGAAAUGAAAAACAUGGCUGAAGAGAAGUAUGGUGUAUCAUUGAUUGAGUCUCACUUACCAAGUCAGACUUUGGAACAGGGUCUGGAUGUUUUAGAAAUAAUGAGGAAUAUCCAUGUAUUUGUCUCCAAGUACCAAUACAACUUAAACAAUCAGAUUUUCAUUGAAGGUUCCAGCCAUAACAAGCACUUCAACACAAUCAAUAUACGACACAUUGCAAACUCCAUUAGGACACAUGGCAUUGGCAUUAUGAACACAACGGUAAACUUCACAUACCAGUUCCUACGUAAGAAGUUCUUCAUAUUCUCGCAGUUUAUGUUUGAUGAACACAUCAAGUCACGACUGAUUAAGGAUUUGAAAUUCUUCAAGGAACAUCACAUACACACUGACCAGAAGUAUCCAUAUGACCGAGCUGAAAAAUUCAACAAAGGGAUCCGCAAGCUAGGUUUGACUCCUGAUGGCCAUAGCUAUUUGGAUCAGUUCCGUACCUUAAUUACACAAAUAGGCAAUGCAAUGGGUUACAUCCGCAUGAUCCGGUCAGGUGGGUUGCAUUGUUGCAGCAAUGCAAUUCGGUUUAUCCCAGACUUAGAAGACAUUGAAAGUUUUGAAGAACUCUCUGCCAAAGAAGGUCUCUCUUCAGAAUGUCAACUGGCUGCAAAGAAUCUGGAUGCUGUUAUAAAUAACCUGUCUAAGAAUUUUGCAGAAGGAACUGAAUAUUUCAAGAUGCUGGUUGAUGUGUUUGCACCAGAGUUCCGUAAUCCAAAGAACAUGCAUCUCCGUAACUUCUAUGUCAUUCUGCCAGCAUUGACUCUAAACUUUGUAGAACAUUCCAUGAGUUGUAAAGAGAAACUGAAUCGCAAAAACAAAGAUGGUGCCGCCAUAACAGACGAUGGCUUUGCAAUGGGUCUUGCUUAUAUCCUGAAGUUGCUCGACCAGUACCACGAGUUUGACUCUCUGCAUUGGUUUGCAUCUGUAAAGAAGAAAUAUUCCACAGAUAAGAUGGAGGUUCAAAAACAACAGACUUCAGCCAGUGUGAAAAUGGACGAGAAACUGAAUCAAACCACGACCCUCACUAUGAAAAGAUUAGAUGUUUAUAUUCAGGAAUUCAAUUUGCUGAACUAUUCAUUAAGCAGUGCACGGAUAUUCUUCAGGGCUGACCUUACUGCUGCUGAGGAAAAAGAAAAAAAAGAUGAAAGUGAAGGGGAUGAUUUACUCUCUGUCGUAGAACGGCUGACAGCUGCAAAUCCUCAACAGACAUCGUCAUCAUCAUCAAGUCGAAGUGGGACCCCAGCACCAACUGCGUCAACUACAUCAACUCCAGCAGAACCAUCACCUCCUGCGGCUGCAGCAGCAGCAGCACCACCACCACCACCUCCACCUCCUCCUCCACCACCACCCCCUCCACCGCCGCCGCCACCACCUCCACCACCACCCAUGUAAAAUAUCUCUUCCGAAACAUCGAAGAACAAACUCAAAAUGUUAUGGUUUAUUUACCGAACUGGUUACUCCAGAGGUAGAAGCUUCCACUAUUAUUGUUAUUAUUGUUAUUAUUAUUAUUAUUAUUAUUGCUAUCUCUGAUAUAUUAAUAAUUCUCAAAUCCCCACUUUUGUCCUAAAAAUCAACCCCUUUUUGUUAGAUUAUUUGUUUGUUUAAAAUCUGCUGUUCAUUAUCUUCAGCGAUAAAUCCUUAAAAAUGUCUUAGCCCGAAGGCCGCGGCCAUGCUGGAGCUCCACCGCUGAUAAAUGUUUAUCUUCAGAAAUAUAUUUUACAUUAAUAAUGUUCAAGUUGACCGGUUCCCUUUUUUUCCCCUCCUUUCCUUUCUUCCAAUGAAAGACCAGUCUUAAUUUCUUUCAGGAUAGCUCCUACCUCCACCCCAUCCCUCCUCACCAGACCUUUUUCCCAGCUCACCUCAAGAGAAGGUUCCAUAACCAUGAGAGUGACCAAAUUUGUUUCUGUGAUGAUUGUUAGACUAGCAGUGUCGAGCUGAAGGAGUUUAAUGGUGCAAUAGUUUAAGAGUACAAAAGAAUGAUAUUAUAUCCCCAUGUCAGGGACCCUUAAGAAUAAUUUACACAUUAUACUACAGUGUCAUGUUUGUAGGUCCCUUGAGAUAUAGCUCUUUUUUUUUUGACCCCUACAGAUCCUCACCCACCCUAUUUACCAAACACAGGUAUAGAAAUAAAGAUUAUUUUUAUAC